CUCGUUCAUACCUGCGGUUCAGCAAAUCAACAGCCAACGAACCUAUGACGACCUACCUGUCCCGGUCCUCCAUGGGGUCCAUCCCUCCGAGCUACAGCUACAACCCCCAGGACGUCGAGCUCUCCCGCUUCGACAGCCCUUCGCCCUCUUCUUCCACUACAUUUAGCGACCCACCUUCCUACAGUGAAGCAGCUUCCUCGUUCCACCCCACAACCCACCUCCAGAUCGAAACCGCGGGAAAGUCAUGGUGCUCCCUGCCGUUGCCGCUCAGUCCGGAGCCGAUCCCGGUCUUUGCCCUGCACCCUGAGGAUUCCAGCUCCUCGGUCGCCUCCCAGUCCACCCCCAAAUACACGUCCAUCCGCCCGGAGCGUUCCUCGGGGAGUUGUUACCUCGUCGCCUCCGACAUAACCCAAACCCCGUCCGACAACGACCUGCUCCCAGUUCUCGCAACAACAACCUACCGCUUCGGUCCCAACCGCCCACCCCGCGUGCGCCUCUACUCUCCCCACUCACCGGGUCUCUCAACAUCGGUCUUGGAAGCAAUCCUCUUCCCAACCAAGUCCAAACACCACACUCCUGGCGACGUCGACGACUCCCCCACGCCCGAGGAGGCAGACCAAGUCCAGCCGUGGGACGAGUUCCACAUCAACUCCCUCGGCUUGUUCACCCGCGCCGUCACCUUCCGCACCCGGCUGGGCACCUUUGAGUGGCGGUACGCCUCGCGCCGCGAACGCCACGCCCUCUCGCGCGCCCUCGGCGGCCAGGACAUCAUCUCCAGCCUGCUGGUCUUGGAACGGGUAACCCGCGUCGCGCGCGCCCAAAACUUGCCCACAUCAUCAUCAUCGCGGCGAACAUCCCUCUUCCAUCAAAACAAUAAGAAAGACUAUGACGAAACCAUUCGCACGACGAUCGCGCACUUUAUCCGCGGCGCGAGCACCCGCACGCCGGGCACGAGCGUCCGCGACGCCGGCAACGGCGGCAGGCUUGUCAUGGACCUGCGGCUGUGGGAAGAUAAUAGUAUGCCACCCCAAGCUGGGGAGGACGGGAACGCUGAAGGCGGCGUGUCGAAGCUGGACCGCGAGAUGGCGGGCGUGUUGGUCGUCGCGACAUGUCUGGUCAUGCUGAAGCGGGAGGUGGAUCGCAGGCGGGCACAGCAGGCUGCUAUCCUCGCUGGGGCCGUUGGCGGGGGAGGCUCGUGAGAUUUCUCUUUUACUCUCUUUGUUUGGGAGGUUGCUUGAGAGUUUAAUUUCGUGGUUCCCAUUGUGUACAUCUAGGGGAAAGCGACGAAAGCGACGGGAUCAGGUUCAGCCCAGGGGUUUUUGCUUUCUUUUUUUUCUCUUCCUUUCCCUCCUGAUUCUUUUCCCUUCCUGUUUCUUUUACCUUUCUUACUGGCCUGUCAAGAUCGCUAGACCGUGGUUCAUAGGAAUGUACUGGAUCGUAUCUGAGAGGCAUUGUUUCACAGUUGGGUAACCGUAUGGUCCCGUUCUCUGCGUUACUUGACAAGACGCACCUUUUGCUUCCCGUCGCUCGUUGAAGAGAGUGUGGUGACAAGAACAAAAUAGGGCAUAACUACUCCGUAAACCCAAUUAACAAGAUUCCCCAACCUGUGCAUUUCUUCUUGUGUGCC